AUGCCGCAGCUUGAAGACCUACCGAACGAACUCAAGCUCCAAGUAAUAAGCUACUUGCCGCAACAAGACCUCGCCUCGUUCAUGCGGACAAACAGAACUUUCCAAUGCCUGGUCCAGCCUAUCCUGUACCAUAAGAUUGAGAUAUCGCACCAGAAUCUUCCACAGCUGCAUGGCCUUUGCGGACAGCUGGGAAGAUUCGACGAGACCAAAAGAAAUAAGAUCGGAGACCACGUCUGUCUAAUCGAGAUCGACACUGACAGACUCGACCUUGGCACCCCAUUCCAAAUACCCGACUGCGAUCGAAAGAAGACGGAGCAAUGGAUAGACAACUUGCUCAUGCCUUACGGGGCAGCCAACUCGGUUACACCUGCUAUCCCGUAUGAUCCAGAAGCUCGAGAAAAAUGGCGUGGCGCCUUCUUUGUUCUCAAUUCACUGGACGCCCUGCUAGCAUACAUUGCUGCAAAAUCGGCAAAUUUGGAGUCUCUGAAACUAGAUCUCUCCGGAUAUUUUCAAACACCCUCAGUCGCUGAGCUACUCUACUACAAGAUACGCGCCGACUUGCAGUGCAAACGGGCACCCUUCCCAAAGCUUCGUCACCUCCAGAUCGACUCCGUACUGGACAUUGAUAUUCCAGUCUUUGCGUUGUCCGAACUUCGUCAACUACAAAUCCGUUUCCUCGACGAUGACUCGCCGCUCGAGAUUCCUGUUUUUGAGAGCAACAAUCUAUCGCAUUUACACGUCCUUGACCUCUACUAUAUCAAAGAUACAAGUUCAAAAGCGAGGACACUCUUGAGUGACUAUCAAUUCCCACACCUUACAAAGCUUUGA